UUCCAUGUGUGACAAGUACCGGCUUUAAAACACUACUUAAGUAAAAAAGGUAAUACAACAUCGAUUUACAGAAAAUCUCACUUGAUAAGACUUUGUGAAUUGGCUAGGGAAAUCAACUUAGAGGAUCAAGACACAGAUGAUGAUUACAUAAACAUGGACAUUCGUCGUAGAACUGUCGGAGACCGGACUUUACCAAGCGUUAGCGAGCUUACAGGUAAAAUCAUCUGACUGGAGUGGAGAUUUAAAGCUAAUGCCUGAUAUAUACUGCAGAUGUUUUUGUAUAUCUCAUCAAUAUUGGUUGGGAUCAACAUCGGCUCCAUUCCUAUAGAACAGAUAAGGGUUAUCUGUUAUAUCAGAACAGCCAUAUCGACAGUGUUCGAGUGUUUCCUAUCGACUCGGAUUACACUUAUAUUCGUUGCAGCACCACCCCAGAAACCCGUCAAUCAGAAGACCCCUAUAUGACAUGGCUCCUAGUGAAAUCCGAUGGCCGUAUCCUAUCUGGUGGCUGCUCCUGUGUUGUUGAUGAUGGUUCCUGCAAGCACUGCACAGCCCUUGCAUUUGCACUUGCAGCUUUUAGCGAUCGCCAUAAAGACAGGCAUACAGAGGUUGGGACCGAUGUGCAGUGUGAGUGGGAUAAGCCCCGGAGGGAGAGCAAGCCUUGUCGUGUGAAGGAAAUUUGCACCUCACACAGGACAGUCCCGGAGAUGCCCAGCAAGGCGGACUAUCAACCGUGCCCUACACCUACCACUGAGAGUAACAGAGAAGUUGAGAAAGAGCUGUUUAGGAUGUGUCAAGGUACAGGUGCUCUUCUCUUACAGACUCUGGACCCUCCUUCAGAUGAGGACGAAGAUCUCCAAGAAAACCCUCCUGACAUGAUAGAUGCUGUAACUCAUACAAGUCAGAGUAGCGAGCCAUUGAUUGACUAUCUGAAAAAUGUGUUCAAUUCUGAUGUUGUCCAGGACGUUGAGCAGAUGACCUGUGGUCAGACUAAAAAUAAACUGUGGUUUAAGUACAGAUAUGGUAGGAUUACAUCUUCAUUGUUUUCAAAAGUAUGUCACUUUAGAGGGAAGAGUCAUGAUAAUUAUAUCACUCGUGAAAUACUUAAUGAUAAAUCUAAUGCUUUAAACACCAAUGCAAUAAUGUAUGGAAGGCAGAAUGAAAUUAUCGCUAAACAAUUGUUUUUUGACAUGUAUUCUCAUGACCAUGUGAAUGCCAAAAUGAAACCUUGUGGUUUAAAUAUAUCUGUAGAUCAUCCAUUUUUAGGUGCAUCACCAGAUGCAUAUUUGUAUUGCAAAUGUUGUGGGAAAGGUUUGGUGGAGGUAAAAUGUUCAUAUUCACACAGAAAUGAGACACCAUAUGAUGUUGCUAGUGACCCUAAUUAUCAUUUAUACAGAGACACUAAUGAUGUUGUCAAGCUCGGGGUAGAUUCUCCAUGGUAUGUUCAAAUUCAAGGACAGCUUGGGGUAUGUAAAGCUAGAUGGUGUGACUUUGUGUUUUACACAGACAUGGGAUUUAUAAGUGAUAGGAUUUAUUAUGAUGAAUGUUUUUUUAAUGAUAUUGUGAACAAGUGCAGCAGCUUUUUUGAUAAACAUGUUCACCCUGCACUGCUUGCUAAAAUCUAGAACAAGUUUUGUAGCCUGUUAUGUAUUAUAUACCAGUCUUCAGAUUUUGAUUUGAGGCAACACAGCAUAUGAUUUUUUUCUUCAUUGUUUUGUGAUGUUUCUGACAUGUCCUAUGCUAUCUUAUGACAACAUAUAGCAAUAUUAAACCACACUCUGAUAACAGCCUGUUGUUGACUUUUUUUGUAAAUAGAAAAAAAUAUAUAUAAACAGUUUUGAAAUGAUAAUAUAUAUUUGGUAUACAUGGUAUAUUGCUAAAUCACUUUAACAACAGUAACACAAAAGAUGUAAAAUAACAAUGAUAUAAGUCUCUUCCAUGUAACACAAACAAUCAACAGAACAAAUUGACAAAUAUUAAUUUAGCAUUGAACAUGUUAAUUUUUUACAAGCGGUUUUGACAAAUUGCAUAGAAAGGCAGCAACAAAAAGAAUCUGGUUUGCAAUAUUGGCUUUAAAUUGAUUGGUAGAAUCCCAGAUAAAAGUUUAUAUGAUUUUAAACGUUGUAUAGCACGUUCCACAUGAAUUCGUAAUUUAGCUAUCUGUCUUGUCCGCUGAAUCUCACCAGAAUUCAAUCGCUUUCCUUUUCCCCACUUACAUUUAUGUGUAAAUGGUGGAAUGACCAACUUAGCCCUUCG